AAAAUAAGAUACAUACAAGUGGUGUUUCAAAUUAGGUGAACAAUAAACAAAUGGGUCAAUUAUGAAGAUGCACUUCAGAACGGAAUAAUCAAUCGUAUUGUGUGUGUGGGUCCUUAUCGCAUCUUCCACAAAUUCUCAAUUAGAUGUGUGACUAUCGUUAUCAAUGCUAAAAAGAAAGGUGUUGGCAAAUUAUAAUACAAAGAAUAUCAAUUAUAACAUUGAUAAAGCUGGUCAGUUAGUCAACCGAACCAUGUAUUCCAAUUGAUGAUUAAACAUUUUCAACACAAAUCGUCGUUCAACGUGCAAAAAUGAUGAUCGAUAGAUGCGUACUUGUUUUAUACUAAGGAAGAACCGAAAUAAGAACUAUUUCUUUUAUUAAAUAGAUAUAGAAGACGUAUUUGUUUUGUCAGAGAUGCCAAUCAUGUUCAGGUUUCUUAACAUACAUAUGUAAAUUAUUAAUUACCUUCGACGCAGAAGAUGCUUACGAAUGACAUCGCAAACUGAUCGCUUUUAAAAUGCUAUGCGUGUACGAACGAGUGUAGAAAAAUCUCAUAAUUCUAAACAUACACAACAAUCUGUAGCCACUUGCUUAUAAAAAAGACAAUUUCAUCAUUGUGAUAUGAGGCCGCGCGGAAGAGAAUUAUACAAAAUACAUAAUAAACAUGAGAUAAAUCCAUACAUCUCAAUCGUUCUAUCUAUAGACGCCUACUCUGACUACCGACAACUUAUAUCGAAAUACGGUGGUCACCAAAAAUGUUGAAGUUGUUUUAUUUAUACGUUUGUGUUUGUGUCUAAGAUUGAGAAUUAAUGAAUGAUACCAUCAAUUUAGGUAUUUCAAAAAUCAAUUUCAUUAAGUUUUAAAACAAAUUUUUAAUAUUUUUGAAAUAUAAAAAUUUAAUUCUAGAAUUCUGAAAGUAUAUUUCGAUUUUAUCUUUUCCGAACACAAGAUUUCGGAGUACUCGAUAGAAGCAGAGGUCCGACCAUUUGUGCGAUUGUGAAAUAAACUAAAUGCGUAUCAUAUAAUAUCAUGUUUGGAAUAAACUUGCGAAUUAUAAAUAAUGAUCGUGCGGGAAUAUCAAUCUAAUCCAAACCGAGCCUGUCGAGUAUUGUACAACAACAAGACAGAUACAAUAAAAAGUUAAAAUGAAGUCUUUCUGACGGCAUAUAAAACAGGCAGGCAAACACUCUUCCCAAGAAGACAAUUUUUGUACAUUGAGAGGGAGCGAGAAAGGAGAGGGAAUAUUUUGGUUAAACCUCGAUGACUGGGAUGACACGAUUCAUUUCUUCCAACUUUUUUUGGCAUAACCAUUCUAAGACAGUUGAUGAAGCGACGACUACUACGAAGCGAGGAAAGCUUAAGCUCUACGUCCUAGUUGAGCAGAUGCUUUAAAGAUGUUUGACCACACGAAUAGACCGGCAUAAUACUCUUACAUAAACUUGUCUCCUUUUAACUAUGAGACAUGUCACAAUUUCUCUCUUUUUCAGUAGUUGCAGUACGUUUUUAAAGCGAACUGAUACAUGACUCUGUUUUCCAGUGAGGUUGGCAAACUAAACUCAUACAUGCAUCGGUCCAUAGGUUCAGGCUUAUAUCAUUCCUCUGGCAAACAAUUUUGGCAGAUGUCAUUGGCUAAUAACUAAUGUCGCCUACUACUACCACCAGCACCACUGUGUUCCCCCUUUUCCAAAAACAAAGACUACUGGAAGUUUGGCAAUAAUAUGUAUUCAGACAGUUCAGAUUUGACAUGGUCUGUGUCGGUUAAAUCGUACAUUCUCCGAUGUUUACAUUCCUCCAGCUCUUGAUUUUUAGUAUUGGUUAUAAUAAAAUGUACAUUUUCUUAAUAUGUGCCCCCCUUAUGAUGAUAAUGAUGAUGAUGAAGUGUGCCCUAAUCGCGAUUUUGUAGUACAGUCAGUUCCUAUGAAAAACACGUGUGCAUCGUUCUUGUGAGGUGUGAAGUGUAUGCGUUACUACAGCUUGAUAAGAUGUGCAACUUUUAUGAGAAAUGGCCGUCUACUUCUAACAACUACCCUUCCACAUCACCUAUACAUACAUAAAAACACGUGCCACAAUGUCAAAAUUGGUCAGUUGAUCGAUCUCCUUCUGGUUCUGGUAGAUUGGUUGGUCCAUAAAAAACGUUCCAAAAACAGACGUCUCGUCUUCUAUGACCUUAAAGAUUAUAUGCGCCAAGCCGGUGAAGUAACCUAUGCUGAUGCCCAUAAGCAAAGAAGAAAUGAGGGAGUUGUGGAGUUUGCUUCAUUGUCUGAUAUGAAGACUGCUAUUGAAAAAUUGGAUGAUACUGACUUAAAUGGUCGUCGCAUUCGUUUGGUUGAAGACCGUCGUAGUGGCCGCAGUGGUCGUGGAGGACGUGGAGCAUCUGGUUCAUCUAGCUCCCGAUCACGUUCUCGUUCACGCAGACGUUCUCGCUCUCGUUCUCGCCGUUCUUCACGUUCACGUUCCAAGUCUCGCAGUCGUUCCAAGUCACGUGGAGCACGUUCAAAAUCUAAGUCACCAGUUAAAUCACGAUCCCGCUCACGUUCAAACAAAUCACGUGAAUUGUCAAAGUCGAAAUCUAAGUCUCGUUCCCGCUCACGUUCUCGCUCGAUCAAACGUGAUUCCCGUUCGCGCUCUCGUUCACGUUCCAAUUCUAAACGUGAAUCAAGAUCACGUUCCCGUUCUAAAUCUCGCAGAGACUCACGUUCACGCGAUCGUUCUGUUUCUAAUGACAACAAAUCACGUUCCAGAUCAAGAUCAGCAUCACCGAAAAAUGGUAACGCAUCUCCUGAUCGAAACAAUGAGAGUAUGGAUGAUUAGAUUUUAGAGACUUUAAAAAUACAAAAAAACAAAAUACAACGUUACUUUUUUCUUUCCUUCUUUUUUUUAUAAUCAUUAUAUAUAAUUUCUUCUUUUGCUUUCGAGUUCUUCUUAAGCUCGUCGCUCUUUACUACUAUUAUUAAUGUUUAUGUAAUUUUUAUUUUAAAAAACUACGUAAAUUUGUAUUAAUAUGAAACAUGAAAAACAAAAAAAUAACCAAUAAUCUAUUAUUAUCUUUUGAGAUAUUAAAUGUAAACACAAGCAAGAAUGUAUAACUUUUUAGUUAGAAUAUGUGUGUAGUUUAAUGGGAUUUCAGUGCUUUCACUACGUGCUCCCAUAUGAAUAUACGCGCAAAAUACGUGUAUUUUGUAUAUCUUAACCACUGUUUAAACACGUUUACAUUUUAUUGCAUAAACAUAUUUGUUUUUUAAAAUUUUGAAAUUUUUAAAACUUAAUUUUCUCUUAUUGUUUUAUGUCUUUUGAAAAAUAAAAAAAUAAAGUAAAAAGCACUUCCCGCCCUACCAAAUAUAUACCACAUAAUGAACCAUACAUAAAGGCAGCAUUUCAAAGAAAGAUGCUCUUAAAAUAUGUAUUGGAGAAUAAAAAAAAGUAAAAUUUGACGUUUUUAUAAAUAUUUUUUUUAUUUUUAUUAAAUUAUGCAUUAAUUAUUGCGGUAUAUAAUAAUAUAAAUACAACAAAAAACAUUUAUUAUUUAAUCUUAAAAUUCUACACUAUUGUAGUACAUUCAUAAGAAUAGAAAAAAUAAAGAAUCAAAUAUAAAUAUUUAA